CUGUGGGUCAAUAAUGAAAGUCAUCUAAUUAUAUGAUAGACUUUGAAACUUAAACAGGAGGUAGUUAUCACUUUGAGGAAAGCUCAAUAAUAAAAAUGGCAAGUCUACAAGAAAAAAUUACAGCUCCUUAUGGUUCAUGGGAAUCACCCAUCACUGCUGAUUUAGUUUCAGCUUCUGGCAAAACCUUGGAGGGUUUCACUCUUGACUCUUCUUCCAAUCUUCUUUGGCUCGAAUCUCGACCUUCUGAAUCCGGGCGAUUAGUAAUUGUUAGAGAAGCAGAUAAGGUAGGGGAACAAGCUACUGAUCUUACACCAGAGGGUUUCUCUGUACGUUCUACUGUCCAAGAAUAUGGUGGUGGUGCUUUUAGUGUUUGUUGGGACUUUCUUGUUUUUUCUAAUUUUGAUGAUCAGAGACUUUACAGACAGUCCCUUUGCUCUAAAGAUUCUCGUCCAGUUCCACUCACUCCUGAUUAUGGGGGGCCACUUGUUCGGUACGCAGAUGGGGUAUUUGAUAGAACUUUAGAUCGCUAUGUGGCUGUUAGGGAAGACCAUCGGGAAAAUGGUAAACAGCCAACAACAGAAAUUGUCAGUAUUGGGCUCAAAUAUAUGCAGGAUAUUGAAGAACCAAAAGUAUUAGUCAGUGGUAGUGACUUCUAUGCUUUCCCCCGACUGGAUCCAAAAGAUGAGCGCUUAGCAUGGAUUGAAUGGAGUCAUCCCAAUAUGCCUUGGGACAAAGCACAACUUUAUGUUGGUUGCAUAUCUGAAAGUGGUGAUAUCUACAAGCGAACCUGUGUUGCUGGUGCUGAUCCUUCAAUAGUGGAGUCUCCAAGUGAGCCUAAGUGGUCUUCUACAGGGGAACUAUUCUUCAUUACCGACAGAAAUAAUGGAUUUUGGAAUAUUUAUAAAUGGGUUGGGCAUGGAAAAGAAAUUCAGGCAGUAUGUUCUUUGAAUGCUGAAUUCACAAGACCUCUAUGGGUUUUCGGAAUGAGCUCCUAUGAUUUUAUUCAGAGCAAUGAGCAGGGUAGCAUCAUUGCUUGCAGUUACAGGAAAAAGGGAAAAUCAUAUCUUGGCAUCAUAGAUGAAGUCCAGAACUCUUUUUCAAAAGUUGAUGUUCCUUUGUCAUAUAUAGCCAACAUUGUUUCAGGGGGCCAGUUUCUAUACAUCGAGGGCGCAUCUGCAGUUAUUCCAGUAUCAUUAGUGAAGGUUACCUUAAGCAAUCAGAAGGCCGAAGUGGUAGACUGUCAGAUCAUAUGGAGUUCUUCUUUGGACAGCGAGAAGCAUGAAUCAUACUUCAGCAUACCAGAGUUAAUAGAAUUUCCAACAGAUGUUGCUGAUCAGACAGCAUAUGCAUUCUUUUAUCCACCCAACAAUCUCAAUUACAAGCUUAAUGAGGAGGAGAAACCUCCUUUAUUGUUACAAAGUCAUGGAGGUCCAACAGAUGAGGCACAUGGAAUUUUAGAUCUUAAUAUCCAGUAUUAUACAAGUCGAGGCUGGGCAUUUGUGGAUGUGAACUAUGGAGGAAGUUCGGGUUAUGGAAGGGAAUACCGAGAGCGGCUUCUGGGAUCAUGGGGAGCUGUUGAUGUUAAUGAUUGUUGUUCAUGUGCAAAAUUUUUGGUGGAUGAGGGUAAAGUAGACAGUGAGCGUCUUUGCAUAACUGGAUGCUCUGCAGGUGGCUACACAGCAUUGGCUACUCUUGCUUUUAGAGAGAGAUUCAAGGCUGGAUCUUCUUUGUUUGGUAUAGCCGACUUGAGCUCUUUGAGUGCAGAUAUGCAUAAAUUUGAGUGUCACUACAUCAGUAAUCUUGCUGGGAAUGAAGCUGCCUUACAUGAUCUGUCACCUAUCAAUUCUGUUGAGAAAUUCUCUUGCCCUAUAAUUUUGUUCCAGGGAUUGGAAGAUCCGGUUGUGAAUCCUGAGCAAGCUUGUAAAAUUCAUGCGGCAUUAAAGAAAAAGGGGUUACCUGUUGCUCUUGUUGAGUAUGAAGGAGAAUCCCAUGGAUUCAGGAAGGCUGAGAACAUAAAGUCCACAUUGGAGCAGCAAAUGGUGUUCUUCGCUCGUACAGUUGGACAAUUUAAUGUGGCUGACAAUAUUACACCAAUUCUGAUUGACAACUUCGAUUGAGUCACAAAGUGAAGGAAGCCUUUAAUGUGACCCUAAGUCUCGAGGGAGAAGAUCUGAGGAAAGAGUUUUGGCAAAGGAGAAGGAUAUUCAGGCAAGGCUAAAAAUGUGAUGAACUGAGGUACUAGACUUUGAUGGAUUGUCGUAGAAUUUUAAUAAAAGUACUUUGUAAUAGACAGAUGUGUUUUAACGUGUAUUCGUAUUAGACUUGUAUUAUGAAGUUUUAGAGACUUAUGAUGCAAGACUUUUGAUGUAAGGUUAAACAUUUAUGUUGUAAUAUUAAUUUGAAGAUUAUGUAGACAUAUUUUGGUUUGUUUA